GUUGAAUAGUCAGAAAUUUGACAGGGGAUAACAUAACUAAAACUUUUCACAUGGCCAGGACUAAGCUAUUCAGCUGAUGACGCGUCACAUGGCCACAUCCCGUGCACCUAUGCUCAUGAUCCGGACCAACUCGGCAUCACCGUCUGCUGACCUCGCACUGCAACAACCACUCGCCGUCGAUGAUGGCCGGACAAGAGCAGCACCGCCGCCGCGUCGUGCUCUUCCCGUUGCCGUUCCAGGGCCACAUCAGCCCGAUGCUCCACCUCGGCGCGCUUCUCCACGCGCGGGGCCUCGCCGUCACCGUCCUCCACACCGGCUUCAACGCCCCCGACCCCGCGCGCCACCCGGAGCUCGGCUUCGUCCCCAUCCACGAGGCGUUCCCCGCCGAGGUCACCUCCCCCGGCGCCGACAUCGCCAGGCAGCUCCUGGCCCUGAACGCCGCCUCCGAGGGGCCCUUCCGCGAGGCCCUCGCGUCGCUGCUGCGCCUGCGCGGCGGCGGCGGCCACCAGGCGGACGUCGCGUGCGCGGUGGUCGACGGGCAGUGCUACGCCGCGCUGCGCGCGGCGGCCCAGCUCGGCGUCCCCGUGCUAGCGCUCCGCACGGACAGCGCCGCCACGUUCCGCAGCUUGCUCGCGUACCCGCGGCUGCUCGACGCCGGCUACGUUCCCGUCACAGAGGAGAGGCUCGACGAACCGGUGCCGGAUCUCGAGCCGCUCCGCACGCGAGACCUGAUCCGCAUCGACGGCAGCGACGCGGACGCGCUGCGCAGGCUCCUCGCCCGCGUCGCCGGCGCCGUCCUGGCCUCGGCGUCCGGCGUCGUCUUCAACACGUCUGAGGGGAUCGAGGCGCCGGAGCUGGCCGCGAUCCGGCGCGAGCUCUCCCGCCCCGCCUUCGCCGUCGGGCCGCUGCACCUGCUGUCCCGCGCGCCGGCGGAGCAGACCCUGCGCGCCCCCGACCGCGGCUGCCUGGCGUGGCUGGACGCGCGCCCGCCGCGCUCCGUGCUGUACGUGAGCCUGGGGAGCGUGGCCGCCGUCAGCCGCGCCGCGUUCGAGGAGACGGCGUGGGGGCUGGCCGGCAGCGGCGUAACGUUCCUGUGGGUCGUCCGGCCCGGCUCGGUCACCGGCGCCGGCGACGAGGCUCCACCGCCGUUGCCCGAUGGGUUCAGCGAGGAGACAAGGGGCAGGGGCAAGGUUGUCGCAUGGGCUCCGCAGAGAGAGGUCCUGGCGCACGCGGCCAUUGGCGCGUUCUGGACGCACUGCGGGUGGAACUCGACGCUGGAGAGCGUCUGCGAAGGGGUGCCCAUGCUCGUGCAGCCGUGCUUCGCGGACCAGAUGGCGAACGCGAGGUACGUGACGCACAAGUGGGGCGUCGGGAUGGAGGUUGGGGAGGUGAUUGAGAGGGGGAGGGUGGCGGAGGCGGUGGCGAAGCUGAUGGUUGGGGAAGAUGGAGCUCGGAUGAGGGAGAGGGCACGCCAUCUGCAGAUGCAAGCAACUGCUGCUACUAGUUCGGCCAUGGACAGUCUAGUACAGUACAUAUUGUCACUGUGAACUACAAACAUGCGUUGCAAAAUUUGCCCUUCUUCAA